CACCAAUUUGGAAUAAGAGUGAUCAAAGAGGAGUAUAUAAUACUCGUCUUCUUCUUUAAAUGUUUCCAAUUAUAAACAUUUUUUAAAAUUGAAUUCAUCAAUUGAUACAGCAGACUCAGUGAGUGAGAGAUGGGGUUUUUGUCACGUAAAGUAGCGAGAUACUACUUGAAUGCAGGCGAUCAUAUUUACACCUGGAGAACUGGCUUUGUUUACGCGCACCAUGGUAUCUACAAGGACGACGGGCAAGUGGUGCACUUCACCUGCCCAAAAUCAGCAUCUUCGGCUCCACUAAAAAGAAGAAGGGAAAGUUGCUCAACUUGUGAGAAGUUUGAGCAUAGCGAUCGUGACAGUGGUGUCAUCAUAUCUUGUCUCGAUUGCUUCCUUAAGAAAGGAAAAUUGUACCGUCAUAAGUAUGGCGUUAAGAAGACGACCCACCGGCUGAGCCGCCGUGGGACUUGCAAUACAGCAAAGUCCGACCCCGCCGAGGUGGUGAUGGCGAGGGUUGAAUUGAAGCUUGCAAAUGGAUUCGGGGAGUAUGAUUUGUUGGAUAAUAAUUGUGAAGAUUUCGCAACCUACUGCAAAACUGGCCAAAAAUGCAAACGUACCGGCCAAGCCUCCAUCAUCCCGCAAGAGUGGCGGAGCCACGAGCUUAUAUUAGGAGGGGCUAAACUUGUACGGGGGUUGAAGGGCGGUAACCCCCAUUUUUUUGGGAAGGGUAUUUCAUACAUUAUAGAUAUUUUUACUUAAAAAAUAAAUAUAAUAAUAAUAAACAAUAUUUUCAUAAAUUAUUUUUAUGAAAAUAUUGGGGGUUGGGUUCGCGCCGUGUUCAACCGUAAUUUAUGCAUGCAGGAUUAUUUCUUGGAUAAUUUGUAUUAAAUGAUUAUUAUUAAUUUUAUUAUAUUGAUUAAUGUUAUUUCCUUAA